AGCGCUCCCUUGACCGCCAACCGCCACCAUGUCCGAGCGCAAAGUCCUGAACAAAUACUUCCCGCCCGACUUCGACCCGGAUCUUAUUCCGCGGCGCAAGGGGACGAAGAACUCGCAGCAGGUCGUCCGUCUCAUGGCCCCGUUUUCUAUGCGCUGCAAUACGUGCGGCGAGUAUAUCUACAAGGGAAAGAAGUUCAAUGCGCGCAAGGAGACAGUGCAGGGGGAGGACUAUUAUGGGAUUAAGAUCUUUAGGUUCUACAUCAAAUGUACGCUGUGUUCGGCGGAGAUCACGUUCAAGACAGACCCAAAGAACACGGACUAUGCGGCGGAGCACGGCGCGUCGAGGAAUUUCGAGCCCUGGCGUGAGGAGAAGGAGGUCGAGGAGGAGGAUCGGCUGGCAAGACUGGAAGAGGAGGAGAACAACCCGAUGAAGGCGCUCGAGAACCGCACGGUGGACUCGAAGCGGGAGAUGGAGAUCCUCGACGCGCUGCAGGACAUCCGCGCGCGGAAUGCGCGGAACGAGCGCAUGGGGCAGUCGGUGGACUUGCUCGCGAAGAUUGAGAUGGAGGAGAUCGAAGACGAGGAGGAUCAGGAGCGCAAGCGGUUGGAGGAGGAGGACGAGAAGAUUGUGCAGGAGGUGUUUGCGAAGGUGCGCGCGGGGCCGGGGCCGUCGGGGAGUGGGUCGAGCGCGGCGGGAGGGGCGGAGGAGCCGAAGGUGGUGACCGUGAAGCGCAAGGCGGCGGACGACGUCGAGCCGGACUUGCACAGUUUGCUCCCGGAGUCGGCGAAGACGCUGAUCAAGACGUCGACGGCGGCGAUGGGGGCGAAGAAGAAGACGAACAAGCUGGCGGGGAUCAAGGUGAUCAAGGAGAACUUGAGAGCGGCGAUGAGUAAGUGCUUCGAGGCGAGUGUGGCGGGGAGUCGCGCUACGAAGAAGGAGCAAGAGGCGGCACGGAAGGCGUUGGACAGUUAUGUGGAGGGCAUGAUCACAGCGAUGAAGGCGAAUGUACGCGUCAAUGGGCAGGAGAUGGACACGGUGAAUGAGGAGGAUCUUGACACCGAACCCUUCGACGAGGCCCUCGACCGCAAGAUCUGGUCCCUCAACGCGACAAACCUCGACUGGCACAAGCAGCUCGCGCACCAGAGCAAGACGCAGCCGCAAGAAAUAGAGGAGAAGAUGAGGGAGCUAGUGCAGGAGCGGCUGGCGGUGGACGCGGCGCCGGCGGGGAGAGUGGAGGAGGAUGGGGAGAUGGAGGUGGAGGAUAUGGCGGAUGCUGAAGCCAUCUUCGAGCAGAUCGAGGAGGUCUUUACGGAGACGUCUGCACUCAAUCGGGAGGUUGUGCAGUCGCUGAGUACACAACAAGAACGCAUCGCGCGCGAGGUGAUGGUGGAAGCCGAUAUGCGGCAGGCGGGGAGGAUGUGAGGUGCGCGCUGCGCGUGUAUAGGGAGGAUGCUGCUGGUGUACAGAAGAGUUCGCAAGUGUACAGGGAGUACAAGAGGGUGUGCGGGUGUACAUGUGUGCUGCCGACGCGCACUGCUCGGCAACAGGGGAAGCGAAGACGGGACCGGGAACAUUUUCCAUCUCUGCAGACUAUGACCCUCGGAAUCCACCCCGACCGCGGGGUGCUCCGCGCCCGCCACCGCGCCCUCUUGAUGCGCCUCCGCCCCAGCCACGGUCGCCGCCACCACCAUAUCCACCUCCACCACCGAAGCCGCCGCGACCACCGCCGCGGGGGCCUCCCCGGCCGCGCGAUUGGAAUCCUCCACCGCGGGGUGCACCACGUCCGCCGCCCCGGCCGCCUGGACCACCUCGUCCUGCACCGCGCUUUU